CUGACACCGGGGUCAUUGAGGUUGGUCAUAGUGAAAAACGAUAAAAAGGGCGGUCGGGCGUAUAACAAUCGCAACACAAUUAUUUGUUUUCUCUUUAUCUUUUGGGUCUUUUUCUCGGACAGCUGCUUCUACGACAUGCGGACUCCUCUAGUUCUAUAGCGGACAAGGAGGGAUGUUGUGGAAUUAGUUUAAAAAUGAUGGGAUCUCUGACUUUGCUUUUGAUAUUCAUCAUACUGCAGCCGGCGAGCAUCUACAGCCGACGUCAACGGCCGCCUAAACCGGAAUUAUAUCAUGAAAGAUGGCGUCCCCAGUAUCAUUUCACCACUCCCGAACACUUCAUGAACGACCCAUGUGGACUGAUGGCGUACGAUGGGAUUUAUCACUUGUUCUAUGGAUAUGACCCGGUUGGUAAGGGACCUACAUUGUACAGUAGCUGGGGGCAUGCAGUGAGCACGGAUAUGCUUCAUUGGGAGAUUUGGCCACUCGCCAUACCCGAACAGGCUGGAAUCAUGGCUUUUAGCGGCAGUGCGGUGAUGGAUUUUCAAAACACCACUGGGUUUUCCACCGACAGAGCCACGGCCAUGGUUAUCAUUUUCACUGGGAAUAUUGCAAGCUUCAUAGACUCGGAUCAACGACUUGCCUAUAGUUUGGACGGGGGGAUAACAUGGACGUUGUAUGACAAGAACCCAGUUCUGAGGACUGGAAAAAACCACUUCCGAGACCCGAAAGUAAUAUGGCAUGAACCGUCAAACAGCUGGCUAAUGGUAGUUGCACAAGCGGUGGGGCAACGAGCAGUACAGUUUUAUUCUUCCCCGGAUCUCAAGAAUUGGACAUACUUGAGUGAGAAAGGCCCAGAAGGACUGAUAUUUAACAAAGAAUGGGAGACACCAAAUUUCUUUGAAUUAAAAGUGGAAGGAGAAAAUAUAUCAAAGUGGGUAUUGCCGUCCAUGACAGGAGCUAAAUCCCGCCCUCGUCGCACAGUCAUGUAUUGGACUGGGGAAUUUGACGGGAAAAAGUUUACCGCUGACCAAACCAUGGCCAAAAUUUUAGACUUUGGCCCCGACUUCACUGCCAUUCAGACGUGGACUAAUUAUAUGGACGAUCGAUUGUUGAUUACAGGGUGGAUGUGCGUUUGGGAGACGUGUCAGUAUCAUCCAACGGGGCCUUGGCAGGGGGCCCAGUCCUUAACCCGCGUGCUGUCUCUGGAGAGGGAAAACGGAGAACUUCUUCUGGUGCAAAAACCGAUCAAAGAAGUCGAGAAAUUGAGGACUGGGGUUGUAUGGCAAAUAAGGAACACCAAGAUUUCAACGAUCAGUAAAAACCUGCAGGCAAAAAACGUGAGGGGUCGAUUGCUAGAAAUCAUCGUCCAACUUAAACCCAAACCAAAGACUCAAAUUGUGGGUUUCAAGCUCAUGGACGGUGACACGGAACACACGGUUGUUGGAUACGACCAUGUAAAUCAGGAAAUAUUUAUAAAUAGGUCAAUGAGUGGCCAUAUUGUUUACCGUAAAGGAAUGGGAGUAUUCUACAAUGCAAACGUCACCCUGCAGGCGGGUUCGCUUAAACUGCAUAUGUUUCUUGACUGGUCAUCCGUGGAACUAUUCGCCAACGACGGACGACAAGUGAUCACCACGCUCAUUUUUCCAAAGAAAGAAACUAGUGAUGGUCUUGACGCUUACUGUGAGGGAGAAGAUGCCCACGUGACAAGUAUGACGGUUUAUCGGUUGAAAACCACGUGGGAUAGAUAUUGGUCUGGCAAAAGUCCAAAGUCAAUGAAAUUACCGUUUUCAAGAAGCACAGAUCCCCCUCUCCUAGCAAAAGUUAAGGCAAAGUUUGCUACCAGAAAAAAAUCUAUAAAAUCAGAGUGUCACUUUCUGAUCUGUUACAUGUUCACUGCUGUUUCAGAGAUUGCGUCGUUGCAUUUGUAUACUGUUGUAGUGUCAUGUGUUUGUUACGGGACUUUAAUGCUUCUAUUGUUCAAAACAUUAGCGACUAUCCGUUUUAGAAACGUGUUAUGGAUUGGUCAACGACACAAACCAAAAUAGAUUCUGAAGUGAGACAGAGAAAUAAAGUAAGU